UCUCUCUCUCUCUCUCUCUCUCUCUUUCUCUUUAUAACCCCUGUGCCACCUCCUUUACCUCCACUGGUGCCUUCACACUUCUCCGGAUCGUCCUCCUCUAGAGGAAUACACCCUUUUUGUUUUUGUUCUGGACACACUGUCUCUACACAGGGAUUAUAACUGGGGCUACAUUUGACCUUCAAUUCUAACUUUCUUUGGACUGUAAUUAAUAAUUACAUCUUUAAAUUAAUUUAUACAGUCCAGUUACAGACCAAUGUGUUCUGAUACCGAUUAUUAUGAUAAAACGAAAGACUGGUGACUUAUCAAAUUAUUAAUCCUUACAUAAAUAAAGCAUGAGUAAAAUCUUACUGAAGCACUUUUAAUUUUCAUCGUGCUGGAUUUAUCUUUUAUUUUUGUCGUUAUUAUUAUUGGAUGGUUGCUCUGGUGAGCUUGACAGGUAAGACUCACUUCCUCAUUACAUUUAAACAUCGCUUUUUUGUUGUCUUGUGACAUGUGACACAUUUUGUUAAUGGUGUCCUCUUUUAAUAAUUUUAUCAGAUCAAUAAAUGAUAAGCAAACAAAACAAAGUAAUGCUCUCAAACAAUCAGAACACACCAUACUGUUCUUGACCAAUCGGAACACAGCAGAUGAGAUUGUUUAGUAUGUUUAUGUGUAAUGUUACAGCUGCUGAUUACUGAAACUCCUUUUUACAGAUAUGUGGGGAAAAUCCCCAACACAGCAACUGAGAGACUGAGACAGACAGACAGACAGACAGACAGACAGACAGACAGACUGAUGGACAGACACCUAUCGACUGACCCAACAAACAAUAAUACAGGCAUAUAAACAGGUAGACGUGAUCAAUGGAAUUAUAGACAGAUGCACAAACAGACUGAUGACUGAUUGAUAGACAGGCAGAUAAAUAGAUAGAUAAGCAAACAGACAGAUAGAGAGACAGACAGAAGGAUAGACAGUCUGAUGCCCACUGUCUCUUCUUUUAAUCGCACGGGACGACGCCUCCUGCUGUUGCUAUGGGCAACCCACCUCACCAUGGCAACAACCUGGCUUUCUCUGAUGCGUGUGCCGCGCUCUCGGCCGGUGUCUGGUUCAGGGGUGUGUGUUCGUCUCCGGGGCCUGUCAGUGGGGCAGAUGGCUGUGUGUAGGGCACGAGGGGAAGUAAUGGAGUCUGUUCGCAAAGCAGCUGAGAUGGUCAUCGAUGAGUGUCAGCAUCAGUUCCGUAAUCGGAGGUGGAACUGCUCUACUACUCCUCGUGGUGUUAAUGUGUUCGGCCGGGUUAUGAAUCAAGGGACACGGGAGGCGGCGUUUGUCCAUGCCCUGUCCUCUGCAGCUGUAGCUGUUGCAGUGACAAGAGGCUGCAGCCGAGGGGAGCUGGAAAGGUGUGGCUGUGACCGCAAGGUCAGGGGAGUCAGUCCUGAGGGGUUUCAGUGGUCGGGGUGUUCAGAUAAUCUGUCGUAUGGUGUUGCGUUUUCUCAGACAUUCGUAGAUGAGCCAGAGCGUGUAAAGGGCACGUCAUCUGGGCGACCGCUAAUGAACAUCCACAAUAACGAAGCAGGACGAAAGGCUAUCCUACACAACAUGCAGGUGGAGUGUAAGUGCCAUGGUGUUUCAGGUUCCUGUGAGCUCAGAACGUGUUGGAAGGUGAUGCCCCCAUUCCGCAGGGUCGGCACUGUACUGAAGGAACGAUUUGACGGAGCCACAGAGGUGCGUCUGACACGUAUUGGCUCUCGUGCUGCUCUGCUGCCAAAGGACCCUGAUGUGAAGCCGCCAGCUGCACGAGAUCUUGUCUACUUGGCCACUUCUCCUGAUUUCUGUCGCCUGGAUCCUGAGAACGGCAUUCUGGGAACUGCAGGUCGCCGCUGCAAUGGGACAUCACGUUUAGCCCCGGAUGGCUGUGAGCUGUUGUGCUGUGGUCCGGGUUUCCGCUCGGGGCGAGCCGAGGUGGUUCAGCGCUGCUCCUGUAAAUUCUCGUGGUGCUGCUCAGUCCGAUGUCAGCAGUGCAAAAACACAGUGCUCAUACACACCUGCAAAGAGUGA